AGUUUCUCCGGCGGACGCGGCUCUUCCCCCUCGACGACUCUGCACCCCCGUCUUCGGUGACAGAAGGCGCCUGUUGGGGUGACUACUCUUUUCUUUCCCAAUUCCCCUUCACCCAGUCUUCUCGGUCUCCUCUGCUCUCGGCCCAGAGAAGCAGCGGAGCUCGGGCCCCCGCGCUGAGCGGCCCUCCCCUCCCCACCGUUCCCUCCCCACCGUUCCCUCCCUCUGUCAGCCCCCGGCAACCGGCCCGGGAGGAGACGGGGGUUUGCCAGGCCCGGGGCGGGCGGGGAGGCCUCGGGGAAGGGGGGGCCCGCUCCUCAGGCACAGAGGCUUCGAGGCUUCCACCCUUCACAUCCGGGCGAUGGACGCCUUGUGAGACUGGUGCCUCUCGCUGGGGGCGCGUUUGGGAGGCGGUGACCGACUGACCGUCCCGGAGCCUCCGGGCCGGGCCCUCCCUGGCCUUGCUCGGCCCCUCCCACUCUCUUUGGCCCUGGAGCUGCCACCGCUCGGGAGUCAGUGCUAGUCCUUGCUUCGCGUUGCGGCCGCCCUCCGGGCCUAGCCCGCCCAGCCCGCGCAGCGGCGGCGGCGGGAGCUGGAGCUGCCGCCGCAUCCGCCGCAUCCGCUUAUACUCGGUGCCGGCUCCUUGCCCUUCCCCGUAUGACUGCGGCGCCUCAGCUGCUACAGCCUUUCCGGCCGCCGCUUGCCGCAGGAUGGAUGCGGGUCGCGAGGCGCUAACCCCGGUGGCUGAGCUCCUCGAUAGCCCGCCGACGAGCCCGCCUUGUGAGCCAAACCAGCCGUCGCAGCUGGCCCUCGUGUCCCGCCUCGCCUCCGGGGUGACUUGUCAGUGCUGAGUGAGGAGUCGUCCGGUUUGAUCCGAACCCGCCGGGAACGGGAGCCGUCGCAGCGGAACCUGCCGACCUUCACUGCUCCUCUGGGUCGGCCCCUCAUCGUAUUUUCAUUCAGAAAGUCGAGCCGGCUCGCCUUGCUCCAGCGGACCGACCAUGUCUGGCGGCGCCUCGGAGAAACAGAGCGGCACGCCGAGCUCCCUGUUCCUCUCGCCGCCGGCGCCAUCCCCCAAGAAUGGCUCCAGCUCCGAUUCCUCUGUGGGGGAGAAACUGGGCGCUGCGGGGACCGACGCUGGAACUGGCAGGACUGAGGAGUACCGGCGUCGCCGCCACACUAUGGACAAGGACAGCCGUGGGGCAGCCUCAACCACCACCACCACGGAGCAUCGCUUCUUUCGUCGCAGCGUCAUCUGCGACUCCAACGCCACCGCGUUGGAAUUGCCCGGCCUCCCGCUUUCUCUCCCUCAGCCCAGCGUCGCUGCGGUGGGUCCGCAGAGUACUCCACCAGAGCCCCACCGCGAGGAGACCUUGACCGCUACCACCGCUGCCCAGGUAGCCCAGCAGCCUCCCGCCGCUGUUGCUGCCCCUAGGGAACCCGCCUCCACGGGUACUGCGGCCACGACCGCCCCCAGCAGUACCAGCAGAGACCGCCAAGUUUCCCAGCCGGACCAUGUGGGGAGCAAAGAGGAGCCUCCAUCGGCGAGGAGCGGCAGCGGUGGCGGCAGCGCCAAGGAACCGCAAGAGGAACGUAGCCAGCAACAGGACGAUAUCGAAGAGCUAGAGACCCAGGCCGUGGGGACGUCCAAUGAUGGCCGCUUUCUCAAAUUUGACAUCGAAAUUGGCAGAGGCUCCUUUAAGACAGUCUACAAAGGACUGGACACUGAAACGACUGUGGAGGUCGCCUGGUGUGAACUGCAGGAUCGAAAGUUAUCAAAGUCUGAGAGGCAGAGAUUUAAAGAAGAGGCUGAAAUGUUAAAGGGUCUUCAGCAUCCCAAUAUUGUUCGAUUCUAUGAUUCCUGGGAGUCCACAGUAAAAGGAAAGAAGUGCAUUGUUUUGGUGACUGAACUUAUGACAUCUGGAACACUUAAAACGUACCUGAAAAGGUUUAAGGUGAUGAAGAUCAAAGUUCUGAGAAGCUGGUGCCGGCAGAUCCUUAAAGGACUUCAAUUUCUUCAUACUCGAACUCCACCUAUUAUUCACCGAGAUCUUAAGUGUGACAACAUCUUUAUCACUGGCCCUACAGGCUCCGUCAAGAUUGGAGACUUAGGUCUGGCAACCCUGAAGCGGGCUUCUUUUGCCAAGAGCGUGAUAGGUACCCCAGAGUUCAUGGCCCCUGAGAUGUAUGAAGAGAAAUAUGAUGAAUCCGUUGAUGUUUAUGCUUUUGGGAUGUGCAUGCUUGAGAUGGCCACAUCUGAAUACCCUUACUCAGAGUGCCAGAAUGCUGCGCAGAUCUACCGUCGCGUGACCAGUGGGGUUAAGCCAGCCAGUUUUGACAAAGUAGCAAUUCCUGAAGUGAAAGAAAUUAUUGAAGGAUGCAUUCGACAAAACAAAGAUGAAAGAUACUCUAUCAAAGACCUUUUGAACCAUGCCUUCUUCCAGGAGGAAACAGGGGUGCGGGUAGAAUUAGCAGAAGAAGAUGAUGGAGAAAAGAUAGCCAUUAAGUUAUGGCUACGUAUUGAAGAUAUUAAGAAAUUAAAGGGAAAAUACAAAGACAAUGAAGCUAUUGAGUUUUCCUUUGACUUGGACAGAGAUGUGCCAGAAGAUGUUGCUCAAGAAAUGGUAGAGUCUGGGUAUGUCUGUGAAGGUGAUCACAAGACCAUGGCGAAAGCCAUCAAAGAUAGAGUGUCAUUAAUUAAGAGAAAACGAGAGCAGCGGCAGUUGGUGCGGGAAGAGCAAGAAAAAAGAAAGCAGGAAGAGAGCAGUUCCAAACAGCAAGUAGAACAACAAUCAAGUGCUUCCCAGGCAGGAAUGAAGCAGCUCCCUUCUGCCAGCACUGGCAUACCUGCUGCCUCUGCCACUUCGGCUUCAGUUUCUACACAAGUAGAACCUGAAGAACCUGAGGCAGACCAACAUCAACAACUACAGUACCAACAACCUAGCAUAUCUGUGUUAUCUGACGGGACUGUUGACAGUGGUCAGGGAUCUUCUGUCUUCACAGAAUCUCGAGUGAGCAGCCAACAGACAGUUUCUUAUGGUUCCCAACAUGAACAGGCACAUUCUACUGGCACACUCCCAGGGCACACAGCUUCUGUUAUCCAAGCACAAUCUCAGCCCCAUGGGGUUUAUCCAUCCUCGAGUAUGCCUCAGUCCAUGGUGCAUCCGUGUGGGGGGACCCCAACAUACUCAGAAUCACAGAUACCUUUCCCAACUAUUCAUGAACGUCCAGUUUCUUUUUCACCACCUCCCACCUGUCCACCGAAGGUGGCCAUUUCUCAGCGGCGUAAGAGCACCUCCUUCCUGGAAGCCCAAACUCACCACUUCCAACCCCUGCUGAGGACUGUUGGCCAAAAUCUUCUUCCACCUGGUGGCAGCCCAACUAACUGGACACCAGAGGCCAUAGUUAUGCUGGGUACUACAACCAGUAGAAUUACUGGAGAGCCAUGUGAGAUACAGGUCAAGUCUAUGUUUGAAACACCUCAAGUUUACAGUGACUAUAGACCUGGACUAGUACUUCCAGAAGAAGCUCACUAUUUUAUUCCUCAGGAAGCAUUGUGUGUAGCUGGGGUACAGUACCAGGCCCAGGUGGCAGAACAGUAUGAGGGUAUUCCAUACAACUCACCAGUACUGUCAAGUCCUAUGAAACAGAUACCUGAACAGAAGCCAGUACAAGGGGGUCCUACCUCAAGUUCUGUCUUUGAAUUUCCAUCUGGACAGGCUUUCUUGGUAGGACACCUUCAGAAUUUAAGAUUAGAUUCUGGAUUGAGUCCAGGAUCUCCCCACUCUAGUAUUUCUGCACCUAUCAGUACAGAUGCUACACGUUUGAAAUUCCACCCUGUCUUUGUUCCUCAUUCUGCGCCUGCUGUGUUAACUCAUAACAAUGAGAGCAGAAGCAAUUGUGUAUUUGAAUUUCAUGUUCACACUCCAAGCUCCUCUUCAGGAGAAGGAGGGGGAGUUUUGCCUCAGCGUGUUUACCGAAAUCGACAGGUUGCAGUGGACCUGAAUCAGGAAGAACCACCUCCUCCAUCAGUUGGAUUACAUGGCCGCCUGCAGCCUGUGACUGAAGAACAGCAUAAUUAUCAUUCCCCAGAAUUGACCGUGUCUGUGGUAGAGCCUAUCGGACAGAACUGGCCAAUAGGAAGCCCAGAGUAUUCCAGUGAUUCCUCACAAAUUACUUCUUCAGACCCCAGUGAUUUUCAAUCACCUCCCCCUACAGGGGGAGCAGCUGCACCUUUUGGCUCUGACGUCUCAUUACCCUUUAUCCGUCUGCCUCAGACAUUGUUACAAGAAUCCCCACUUUUCUUCUGUUUCCCCCAAGGAACCACAUCUCAGCAGGUUUUAUCUGCCUCAUUUUCUUCAGGAGGAUCUGCACUCCAUCCACAGGUGCAGGGGCAGAGCCAGGGUCAGCCAUCCUCAAGUAGUGUAACAGGGGUUUCAUCUUCCCAAACCAUACAACAUUCUCAGCAGCAGCAGGGAAUACAGCAGACAGCCCCUCCUCAGCAGACAGUGCAGUAUUCACUUCCACAGACAUCAGCCUCUAGUGAGGCUACUACUGUACAGCCAGUGAGUCAACCUCAAGCCCCACAGGUCUUGCCUCAAGUAUCAGCUGGAAAACAGCUUCCAGUUUCCCAGCCAGUACCAACUAUCCAAGGUGAACCUCAGAUCCCAGUUGCAACACAGCCCUCAGUUGUUCCAGUCCAUUCUGGUGCUCAUUUUCUCCCUAUGGGACAGCCACUCCCUACUUCCUUACUCCCUCAGUACCCUGUCUCUCAAAUUCCUAUAUCGGCUCCUCAUGUGUCUGCGACUCAGACAGGCUUCUCACCCCUUCCCAUCACAAUUGCAGCUGGCAUUAAUCAGCCUCUGCUCACCUUGGCUUCAUCGGCUACAGCAGCUGCGAUCCCAGGGGGAUCAACUGUGGCUUCUAGUCAGCUUCCAACCCUUCUGCAGCCUGUGACUCAGCUGCCAAGUCAGGUUCACCCACAGCUCCUGCAGCCAGCAGUUCAGUCCAUGGGAAUACCAGCUAACCUUGGACAAGCUGCUGAGGUUCCACUUCCCUCUGGAGAUGUUCUGUACCAGGGCUUUCCAUCUCGACUGCCACCACAAUACCCAGGAGAUGCAAAUAUUGCUCCCUCUUCCAGCGUGGCUUCUGUUUGCAUCCCUUCUACAGUCUUAUCCCCUCCCAUGCCCACAGAAGCAUUAGCUACACCAGGUUACUUUCCUACAGUGGUGCAGCCUUAUAUGGAAUCCAAUCUUUUAGUUCCUGUGGGCAGUAUAGGAGGACAGGUUCAAGUGUCCCAACCAGCAGUGAGUUUAGCACAAGCCCCCACUACAUCCUCCCAGCAAGCAGCUCUGGAGCAGAAUGAAAUGCCAAUGUGGGGGCCUUGUUGCCACUGGCUGUUCUGUUGGGAAAGUACUCAGGGAGUCUCUCAGAUUGCUCCUCCAGAGCCAGUUCCAGUAGCACAGCCACAACCUACCCAGCCUGCCACUGUGAUCUCUUCUAUAGACAGUGCACAUUCAGAUGUUGCUUCAGGUAUGAGUGAUGGCAAUGAGAAUGUCCCAUCAUCCAGUGGAAGGCAUGAAGGGAGAACUACAAAACGGCAUUAUCGAAAAUCUGUGAGAAGUCGCUCUCGUCAUGAAAAGACUUCACGCCCAAAAUUGAGAAUUUUAAAUGUUUCAAAUAAAGGAGACCGGGUAGUAGAAUGUCAGUUGGAAACUCACAAUCGGAAAAUGGUAACAUUCAAAUUUGAUUUAGAUGGCGAUAACCCUGAGGAAAUAGCAACAAUUAUGGUGAACAAUGACUUUAUCCUAGCAAUAGAGAGAGAGUCUUUUGUGGAUCAAGUGCGGGAAAUUAUUGAGAAAGCUGAUGAAAUGCUCAGUGAGGAUGUCAGUGUGGAACCAGAGGGUGACCAGGGAUUGGAGAGUCUACAGGGAAAGGAUGACUACAGCUUUUCAGGUUCUCAGAAAUUGGAAGGAGAAUUCAAACAACCACUUCCUGCAUCUUCCAUGCCACAGCAAAUAGGCAUUUCUACCAGUUCUUUAACUCAAGUUGUUCAUUCUGCUGGAAGACGGUUUAUAGUAAGUCCUGUGCCAGAAAGUCGAUUACGAGAGUCUAAAGUUUUCACCAGCGAAAUAUCAGAUACGGUUGCCGCCUCUACGUCUCAUGCUGCUGGAAUGAACUUGUCUCACUCUGCUUCAUCCCUUAGUCUACAGCAGGCCUUUUCUGAACUUAAAAAUGCCCAGAUGACAGAAGGACCCAAUACAGCACCUCCCAAUUUUAGUCAUACAGGACCAACAUUUCCAGUAGUGCCUCCAUCCAUGGGUAGCAUAGCUGGAGUCCCAACCAUAGCAGGAACCACACCUUCAGCAUCAGUUCCUAUAACUAGUUGUCCUCCUAAUGACAUUUCCACAUCAGUAGUUCAAUCUGAGAUUACCAUGUCCACUGAAAAAGGGAUUGCCACCUGUACAGGUGUAACUUCAAGUGUUCUCUCUAUACCACCUGCAUCUGAAUCACCAGUACUUUCCAGCGUGGUUUCAAGCAUCACAAUAUCUACUGUUAUCUCAACAUCGGCAGCAUCCCAGUCAGUUCAGGCUCCCACAUCUGGGAGCACUGUUUCUAGUGCAGGCACUUUCCCCUCCGUACCAGUUUCAACAACUUCAGCCUCUGCAGUAUGCAGUGCUGCUGCCCCAGAGGCUAAGCCUUCACCUGUAUUAUCCCAGCAGUCAGCAGGCAGUACUUCAGGGGCAGCCUCAUUAACCUCAAUUUCUGCCACCACUCCAUUCCCAAGCAUUGCUUCACAGCCAUCUCUUCAGCUCAGCAGCAGCACCUCUGCUCCUACUCUAGCUGAAACAGUGGUGGUUAGUGCACACUCACUUGAUAAAACAUCUCAUAGCAGUACAACUGGAUUGGCUUUAUCCCUCUCUGCAUCAUCUUCCUCUUCUUCCCCUGGAGCCCUAGUAUCUAGUUCUAUUUCUCAAUCUGGUGGGGUGCAUCCUUUGGUCACCCCCUCAGCUGUAGCUCCUACUCCUGUCCUUUCCCAAGCAGCAGGACCUACUUCUACACCUCUAUUACCCCCAGUACCUAGUGUCCCACCCUUGGUACAGCCUGUUGCCAAUGUGCCUGCUGUACAGCAGACACUAAUUCAUAGUCAGCCUCAGCCGGCUUUGCUUCCCAACCAGCCUCAUACACACUGUCCUGAAAUAGAUGCUGAUACACAACAAUCCAAAGCUGGCAUUGAUGACAUAAAGACUCUAGAAGAAAAGCUGCGGUCUCUCUUUAGUGAACACAGCACAUCUGGAACUCAACAUGCCUCUGUUUCAUUGGAGACAUCACUAGUAGUAGAGACCAAUGUCACACCAGGCAUCCCAACCACUGCUGUUGCACCCAGCAAACUCAUGACUUCAACUACAAGUACUUGCUUGCCACCAACUAGUUUGCCAUUGGGAACAACUGGUUUGCCCGUUAUACCAGUGGCCACACCUGGGCAAGUUUCUACCCCAGUCAGCACUACAGCAGGAGCAAAACCUGGAACUGUUCCAUCAAAGCCACCUUUAACUAAGGCUCCAGUGCUGCCAUUGGGUACUGAACUUCCAGCUGGUAUUCCAUCCAGUGAGCAGCAGCCACCUUUUCCAGGACCACCACUAACUCAGUCUCAGCAACCUCUGGAAGAUCUUGAUGCUCAGUUGAGAAGGACACUUAGUCCAGAGACUGCUGCGGUGACAUCUGCAGUGGGUCCUGUGUCCGUGGUGGCUCCAACAGCAGUUACAGAAGCAGGAGCACAGCCUCCAAAGGAUGUGCCACAAGUUACAGCAGCUAGUUCAGGAACUGGUGUUUUUAAGACGGGCCGAUUUCAGGUUUCAGUUGCAAUGGAUGAUGCCCAGAAAGAGGGUAAAAAUAAGUCAGAAGAUUCAAAGUCUGUUCACUUUGAAUCCAGCACUUCAGAGUCUUCAGUGCUAUCAAGUAGUAGUCCAGAGAGUACCCUGGUGAAGCCAGGCCCUAAUGGGAUAACCAUCCAUGGUGUCUGUCCAGAUAUGCCAGAUGGUGUCCACAAAACUCCUGCCUCAGAAGCAAAGUCAGAAACUUGGCAGCCUACCAAGGUUGGACAUUUUCAGGUGACAACAGCAGCAAACAAAGUAGGACGUUUCUCAGUAUCAAGAACUGAAGAUAAGAUCACUGAGGCAAAGAAAGAGGGACCAGUGGAAUCUCCUCCUUUUGUGGAUUUGGAACAAGCUAUUCUUCCUGCUGCGAUACCAAAGAAAGAAAAGCCUGAACUAUCAGAGCCUUCACAUCUGAAUGGGCCGUCUUCUGACUUGGAGGCUGCCUUCUUAAGUAGGGACGUGGAUGAUGGUUCAGGUAGUCCACACUCCCCCCAUCAACUGAGCUCAAGGAGCCUCCCUAUCCAAAAUCUAAGUCAAAGCCUUAGUAAUUCACUCAAUUCCUCUUACAUGAGUAGUGACAAUGAGUCAGAUAUUGAAGAUGAAGACUUAAAAUUGGAGCUGCGGCGACUACGAGAAAAACAUCUGAAAGAGAUUCAAGACCUGCAAAGUCGCCAGAAGCAUGAAAUUGAAUCUUUAUACACCAAACUGGGCAAGGUUCCCCCUGCUGUCAUUAUUCCCCCAGCUGCCCCGCUUUCGGGGAGAAGGCGGCGACCCACUAAAAGCAAAGGCAGCAAAUCUAGUCGCAACACUUCCUUGGGGAAUAAAAGCCCCCAGCUUUCAGGUAAUUUGUCUGGUCAGAGUGCGGCUUCAGUGCUGCACCCCCAGCAAACCCUCCACCCUCCUGGCAACAUCCCAGAGACUGGGCAGAAUCAGCUGUUACAGCCCCUUAAGCCAUCUCCCUCCAGUGACAACCUCUAUUCAGCCUUCACCAGUGAUGGUGCCAUUUCAGUACCAAGCCUUUCUGCUCCAGGUCAAGGCUGUGCGAAGUUUAACUGUGCAUCUGAGCAGGUGACAUUCAAACCUGGUGGCAGGAGGACCCGAUUUCUGAGGAAGAUGGUGAAAAAAGUCUGUCCUUGCAACCAGCUCUGUAGGACCAGCAGCACAAACACUGUUGGGGGAACAGUGAACAGCCAGGCCGCCCAAGCUCAGCCUCCUGCCCUGACCUCCAGCAGGAAGGGCACAUUCACAGAUGACCUGCACAAGCUGGUGGACAAUUGGGCCCGCGAUGCCAUGAAUCUUUCAGGCAGAAGAGGAAGCAAAGGACAUACGAACUACGAGGGCCCUGGGAUGGCAAGGAAGUUUUCUGCACCUGGUCAGCUGUGUAUCUCCAUGACCUCAAAUCUGGGUGGCUCUGCCCCCAUCUCUGCAGCAUCAGCUACCUCUCUAGGUCACUUCACCAAGUCUAUGUGCCCACCACAGCAGUACAGUUUUCCAGCUCCACCACCCUUUAACACUCAGUGGAGUGGGACGGGUGGCUCCACACCACAACCGCUUGGGCAGUUCCAGCCUGUGGGGACUGCCUCCUUACAAAAUUUCAACAUCAGCAAUUUGCAAAAAUCCAUCAGCAAUCCCCCAGGUUCCAACCUGAGGACCACUUAGUCAGACCUAGAGACAUUAACUGAGUAGAUCUGGGGGCAGGAGAGGGAGUGCUGACUACUAGUGCUGCGUUUAACUGAUUAUUUGCUAACUACUAGUGCUGCAUUUAACUGAUUAUUUCUUGCCAGAAAGGAAUGUUUUUAGUACUUAGAGCCCUCAGGAUAGAGAGUGUUCCUCCCCCUUUGCCAUCAUUUGGAGUGGAGAAGAAGGAAAGAGCAGCUUUCUUGCAGUGGGGCGUCUUCAGAUUGUGUUUCCCUGUUUCCUGCACCCACAGCGAGGGCUAGCAAAGAGAAGGGUUUAUCAGAAAGCUACUAGAGUGCUCAAAGGAAAACCAGAACCCUUCUGUAUUUUCAGGUGGGUGCAGCUCUUUUCUAGGCACCCACCCCCAGUCCCUGUUCCCUCAAAAAUCUAAACCACAAGACAAAAAAAAGUACUGGGCUCUCUCCUGCCCUGUUCCCUACCCAGUCCCCACUUGUUUUCCUUUCUUUUUUUCUCUCUUUAGAACCCAGUGAAAACACCAGGAGACUGAGGCUUCAACCCUUUCUUAUAGGUCAUUAGUGCUUUAAGCAAAUGAUAUUAGCAGCUUUGACUGCAGCAUUAGCAAUUAGGAAAAAAAAAGUUCCCUGCGGACAUGUAACUUGCCAUCAGUUUUGAUGUGGAAACACUGUGAUAUAUAAAUGUUGUUGGACAACAGUAGUUUUAAGAUGAAAAUAUGAAAGGUUUAAAAAGUUGGGAAAAAAGCUAGCUCUGUCCUUUACUUAUUGAGACACUUUAACUUUUUCCUUUGUACUUCCAUUGUAUUAGAUAAAUAAAUGUGAAUGUAAAAUUGUAUAAAUUACUGUACUUGAAUACUUCUGUUCAACCAGUAUUGCUUGCUGGAUUUUUUAGUGCCUUGGACUUCUAUUGCUUCUGCCAUUAGCAUCAACUUCUCAUCAGACCCCAGAUCAGCAAAGGGCACAUGGAAGGAAAUUUAAGGUCCACGUGACCCCAGCAGCGGAUGAUGCCAAAGGGAAAUUGAAAGAUUUUUUCUUAAGUCAUUUAACAAUUUUGUCUAGAGCAGGUGUAAGACGAGCAGGGUGAGAAGUUAAGUUGACAUCAGUGGUUGAAAGCAGAAAGUGUUUGAGGAGGGGUGCUGGGACAAACUUGGGCAAUUGAGAAGAGUAAGGUGCUGUAUGAAAGUGAAACUUUCAAUAAGUGAAAGAAAAAGACUAAAAGUGGAGAAUAUAUUUGUUUAGAAGAUAUGUGAUGCCUGGCCAGUGGAUGCCAUAGCCUUACUCAUUUGAGCUGGGCUUGAACAGACCUAGAAGAAAUGGCUGAAUAUAAAGGGAAGCAGGUGGGAGCUGGUGUUGAAGCUGGGAAACAUGAUAGUGGAAAGUCACAGAUGGAGAAAGUCACUCUAAGAACUGUUUAGGUUGCUUUCCUCUUAUUGCAAGUGUACCAGGCAUUUCUCAGCUUGAGGGUACUGUAUUUUUUGCAAAAAGUGGACCCACAUCUGAAUAAGCAUUGUCAGAAAGAAUGCUUUUUCUUCCUGCUCUUCUAUAUAAUGUCCAAUGGUUGCAGGAUCACAUCUUUCAUGCCUCCUUUAUUUCUGCAUUUGCAACUGAUAUUCUCACAUUUCAUAUUAACAAAUACUCUCCUUAAGUAAUAACUGCAACCAACCAGUGUUAUUUAGCUAUGCCUAGUUGUAAUGGGCAGUUCUAUUAUUUUCAGAGCUUUCAGGAAAUACUCUCCUAAUUGGCUAGGUUGGGAUCUUUACCAUCUCAGAUGAGGGGGGAAGCUGGGACUCUUAAUUUUGGGGGUGCUUCUUGUCUUGACUCUUGAGUUAGGGAAUUGACAUAUUCUAACCUCUUACCCACUUCAAUAGCACAUCCCAGGAAUCCCUGCAAUAGGGAGAGCGCAGUUGGCUCUCCUAUCCUGUUGUUCCUUUGUGGGCCCUGUCUCCAAGUUAGCCUCGGCCCCAAAGACACAAAUGAAAGCUGAAGAGUUUAGCAAUGUAGAAAUGAACCGGGCAUGGCUUCCAAGCCCUCCUACAAAAUUGUUUACUUAUCCUCUGCUUAUAAUUCUUGGGGAGAUGGUAAGAGUGAGGCUAGAACAAAGAAGGUGGCCAGAUAAGAAACAGACCACCUAAGAUAAAUAAAACAAUACUUUCUACUAGGGAAACAAGCAAACCAAAUGCAGCACAUUGUUUGUUAUUUUGGUUUAAUAAUGUUGAGAUCUCUUCACUCACAAAAAAGUAAAAACUGGUUUUAUUUACUGUUGAUUUUUUUUUCCCUCCUGUGGAUGAAAUAACUGAAGCCUAGAGGAAUGAACUAGUGCUACUGAAAUGUUUAAAUUAUUUUUGUGUUAAUAGUACACUUUGAGUAUCUUUUUUCCACAUUAAAAAAAUCUUUCUGAAUUAUAAAUGUUUUCCUUACAUUAUUUAACAAUGUACACUGUUUUAAAAAAUGAAUAAACUGAAUUUCAACCUUGGGUUUCUCUGCAGCCGUUAAUUGUACAUUUUGCACUAACUCUGGGUGUUGCGCUUCUUGUAAGAUUGCACUUUGUGCUUCAGUUUGUUACCUUUGUAGAUUUAUUUAAUGAAACCUUUCAAAUAAACCAAACUUGCUUUGUUGA